CUCCGCCCCGCCGGGCUGCUCUUGCUUUUCCUGGGGCCGCCGCUGCCUGUCCCGGCUGGUGUUUCUGCUCCCGCCGCGCCGCCGCCUCCGUCCCUCCGAGGCGCCUAAAGUUUCUUCUCCCCAGCGGAGCCGCCGGGGACUUGGCCGCGGUGGGGAGCCUCGCCGCGCGCGGCAGGGCGCCCUCGCCGUCCUCCGCCGGGCCGUGUGGCCAGCGGCGCCCUCUCCUCUCCGGAGCCCGCCGCGCGCCUUCGUCCAGCAUGCUGGCCCGGCCUCCGGCCCCCGCCGCCUGGAGCCGGCCGCUCCUUUGGCUGCUUCUCGCCGCAGCUGCCGCCGCCUCGUCGCCGGCCGAGCCCCGCUCGCGAAGUUGUUCCGAAGUCAAGAAGCUCUACGUGGCCAAAGGUUUCAGCCAGAGCGAGGCGCCCAGCCACGAAAUCAACGGUGAUCACUUGAAAGUCUGCCCUCAAGGCUACACAUGCUGCUCUCAAGAGAUGGAAGAGAAAUACAGCCAGCAGAGCAAACAGGACUUCCGAAAUGCUGUGGUGGAACUUAGUAAUAACUUGCAAGCGACUUUCAGUUCCCGAUACAAAAAGUUUGAUGAAUUCUUCAGAGAGCUUCUCGAGAAUGCCGAGAAAUCCUUGAACGACAUGUUUGUAAGGACUUAUGGCCUCCUGUACAUGCAGAAUUCAGAAAUGUUUAAGGACCUUUUUGUGGAGCUGAAGCGCUACUACACGGGCAGCAGCGUAAACCUGGAGGAGAUGCUCAAUGACUUCUGGGCCCGGCUGCUGGAGCGCAUGUUCCGCCUGGUCAACCCGCAGUACCACUUCUCUGACGAGUACCUGGAGUGUGUCAGCAAGUACACUGAGCAGCUCAAGCCCUUCGGGGACGUGCCCCGCAAGCUGAAGCUCCAGGUGACGCGGGCGUUCGUGGCGGCACGCACCUUUGCACAAGGCCUGGCUGUGGCGAGGGACGUGGUCGGCAAGGUGUCUGUGGUCACCCCCUCACCUCAGGGGGUCCAAGCCUUGCUGAAGAUGAUGUACUGUCCGUACUGCCAAGGCCUCGUUGCUGUCAAGCCGUGUUACAACUACUGUUUUAAUGUCAUGAGGGGCUGCCUUGCCAACCAAGGCGAGCUGGACACGGAGUGGAAUAACUUCAUCGGUGAGUGGCUCUUGUUUGUUCGGUUUAUUUAAACCAGGCAAUGGAGAAUUAGCAAAAUGAAACAAACCCCCGUGUGAUUUGUUCCAAUUUAAUUAAUUAUUUAGAAAAGUGUAUAUAGACUGCUUAAUAAAAACAUGGCUGGCAUAAAUUUGCCUAAGAAUAGGGAUCCCAGAGGGGACCCAGGUGGCGCUGUGGUUAAAUCACUGAGCCUAGGGCUUGCUGAUCAGAAGGUCGGCGGUUCGAAUCCCCGUGACGGGGUGAGCUCCCGUUGCUUGGUCCCAGCUCCUGCCAACCUAGCAGUUCGAAAGCACAUCAAAAUGCAAGUAGAUAAAUAGGAACCGCUACAGCGGGAAGGUAAACGGCGUUUCCAUGCGCUGCUCUGGUUUGCCAGAAGCAGCUUUGUCAUGCUGGCCACAUGACCUGGAAGCUAUACGCCGGCUCCCUCGGCCAAUAAUGCGAGAUGAGCGCGCAACCCCAGAGUCGGUCACGACUGGACCUAAUGGUCAGGGGUCCCUUUACC